AUGUCUCCUGCUCGCAAAGCCCUCAUCGCCAUCACCUCGGCCAAAGCCACCCUAAACAAAGAAACAACCGGCCUCUUCAUCAGCGAAGCCCUACACCCCUACAAUGUCCUCGUCGCCGCAGGCUUCGAAGUCGACCUGGCCUCCGAAACAGGAUCCUACACCGCAGACUGGCUCUCCCAAACCCCAGACUUCCUAAAUGGCGACGACCUCACAAUCUGGAACGACGUCAACAGCGACUUCCGCAAGAAGCUGGACAACAUGCCCAAAGCCGCUGACCUGGACGCUUCCCAGUAUGGAGUAUUCUACGCCUCGGCUGGCCACGCCGCUCUGAUCGAUUACCCAACUGCGACUUCCCUACAGAAGAUCGCCGAGCAGGUCUGGGCUAGUGGUGGUGUUGUUGCUUCUGUUUGUCAUGGUCCUGCUAUCUUUGCCAAUAUUGUUGAUCGCGAGACUGGUAGCCCUGUUAUUCAGGGUCGGAGACUUACUGGUUUCACUACUGAGGCUGAGAAUAUUAUGGGUAUCAUGGCUGAUUUGCGGAGUUGGAAUGUUGAACUUUGUGAAGAACUUGCUGCUCGUCUUGGUGCUAAGUAUGAGCGCUCUGCUGGUAUCUGGGAUGACUUCCAUGUGGUUGAUGGUCGUCUCGUUACUGGUCAGAACCCUGCUAGUGCAACCUCUACUGCUAAGGCUGUUGUCGAUGUCUUUGAGAAGCUUUAG